UGACGUCACAUGUCAAAGCAAGUCACGUUGUUAUUUCAACUGAAAGAUUUCCAUUAUUGAUAGAGAUGCCUACCAAGGAUUUAUAUUUUGAAUGAAAAAUGGCUUUUAUCAUAAAUACCGCUUUGAGAUCCAGAACCAACUCUCCGCCCAGAUACGAUUGGUACUCCUCCAGGGAGUACACAAAGCGAAAAUCAAGCUCCAGAUAAACCGGAUUCAUUUGUUUUCUCGACUGGAAAUGCUACCCUAUACACGCGAAGGAAACUUCCCCUCGCGGCUCCGUCGUGGGAGUUUACCAACGUCACCUACAACAGCGAUGAUGAUGAAGGAUCACAGGAUGAUGAUGAAGUGAAACCCCCCUGUUGACGAACAUGCCCUUGAUCUGUAUGUCAAUCGGAUUCUUCUUUCGGCAACCAUGAACGAUGAGGGUGACACUUUUGGAAUUAGUGAUCCAUAUGAUGGUAUCAGAGAGGAACCAACAUAUAAAGACAAGCCACUGUUGAAAUCUGACAAGCAGGGCAGGAAGAAGAAGAAGAGUAGGAGAAGGUCAGAUGGGAAGAAUAAUAAACCUACAGGAGAGGAAGUCGGGCCAUUUCGCCUUCACCUUCCACCCGGGGACAGUUAAAGGAUAUGUUUCUGACGGACAGGCCUUAAUCUGUAUGUCACUGGAUAUGUACAGGUCGACUGUGGUAGCGGAAGUGGAGUCCCGGGCACGCAACAUGCACCAAUACUUCGACUACGAGUUCCGACGGUACGACACGCUGAAGGUCAACGCUCUGAAGGAUUGCUACCUCUGGCACGAAAAAUCCAAGCAACUGGAGAAGAUCAUCGAUAUCAAGGAAGCCGAGAUUUUAGAGUUACGAUUUAAAAACGACAUGCUGGAUGCAAGGUUCGAAGGUGAGCAGAAAGUGAAGCGGCAGAGGAGAGCCAACAAGAAACGUCGUAAGGCAGAAAAGACGUCGCAGUCAAUGACCGAUACGGUGAAAGUGACUGAGGCUGCCGAUGAACGAGAAUGCAACUCCCUUGCAUCAUAACUCUAUCUUUAAAAGCAGUCUCAGGGAAUUCAUACCUGUUUACUUGCUGAUAAAAAUAGCAAUGAACAGUAAAGUCUUAAUAUACAUAUGUAAAUGUAAACACAUCCUUAUGUACAUCUUUGAAAUUACAAAUAAAUGUCAAUUCA